CAGUUAACUCUCAAGAAUCGACCGGAACAGACGUGCCGAAAGUGUUUUUGUUAGUCGGGGACAAAACAAGAUUUGGUCGAGGUUUCGCCGUGUAAAAGUGCUAGCCUUGUGUUUUAUCUUAAAAAGUAGACCCGCGAAUUGCGUUCCAACAUACGAGUAUGACCCAUAAGCGAAUUUAACCGUUAUUAUUUUCACCAAAUAAACGUAAUUCCGCGGACGCAAAAGACUUAAGUGCAUAUGUACCGCAUCUCACUGCUACUCUGAAUGUUACUCAAGCGAACGAAAAUUUGCCCACAGUUAAGGUUAGGCUUUUUAAAGCCCCGACAAACUAAAUCAUUUCCCCGGAGACAAGCAAGAGGACACCAUUACCGCUGACAGUGACAACAUGUUGGGCGUCAAAUAUUUAACAGAAGCCCAUUUGAAGGGCUUCGAAAAAUACAAGUAUAACAGUAUUGACAUAGGAUUUCUCAGUGUUUAUGUUAUGCACCCGUUUUGGAAUAAAUGUGUAGAGUUUCUUCCGAUGUGGUUGGCGCCGAAUAUUCUAACAUUUGUGGGAUUUCUUAUGACGGUGGUUAAUUUUCUUCUGCUAUCUUACUACGACUGGGACUUUGAGGCAGCAAAUCCUGCAGAGAAUACAGUACCGCGGUGGGUGUGGUCAGUGGCGGCCUUAAAUAUACUGAUAUAUUAUAAUCUAGAUGGCAUGGAUGGCAAACAGGCACGGCGUACCGGUACAAGUGGGCCGCUUGGUGAACUGUUCGACCAUGGCUUAGAUUCAUAUUCGGCUGUUCUGAUACCCAUCUAUAUGUUUUCGUUGUUUGGAUCGGACGAUUUGCCACCUAUUCGUAUGUUUUUCGUCAUCUGGAAUGUGUUUUUGAACUUCUAUUUGACCCAUGUGGAGAAAUACAAUACCGGUGUAAUGUUUUUACCUUGGGGCUACGACUUCACGAUGUGGGGCGUAAGCAUAACACUGUUUUUGACUACGGUAAUAGGGCCAGGUAUUUGGCGUGCCCGAACAAUUUUCAAUCUAUCAAUGGCCAAUGUGUUUGAAAUCAUCUUAAUCGGCUCGGGCAUUGUCACAAGCCAUCCAAUCAUCAUCAAAAAUAUUUAUAUGUCCUACAAAAAUAAGACUGGCAAAAUGAGGCCAUUUUUGGAAGCAGUUCGUCCAAUGUUCCCCUUCCUGUGGCUCUUUUUCUUCACCACAAUUUGGGCCUUCUAUUCUCGCAAUAACGUUCUGAGCCUGGAACCACGAAUUAUGUUCAUUUUAUUCGGAACGUUGUUCUCGAAUAUUGCGUGUCGUUUAAUUGUAGCGCAAAUGUCUGAUACCCGUUGUGACGGUUUCAAUAUACUCAUGUGGCCCCUGGUAGCCACUGUGGCUGUGAGCUGUUUUCCAUGGUAUGAGCAGGUGAUGGGCAGUGAAAUUGAAGCAAAUGUCGAAAGGUGGAUUGUUCAGGGUCUGACAAUAUUUGUGACCAUAGCUCAUUUGCACUAUGGACAUGGAUUGGUUCGGGAAAUGUGUAGCCAUUUCAAAAUACGCUGCUUCAAAGUAAGAGAUCGUCCCGUAACGACAGCAGUUCGUAAGGGUUUAAAGCAUGCCGAAUAAAACACAUCUCAACUACCCAAAUCAUUGAGGGGUAUUUUUUUCCAAGCACUAACAACCAUUGGGGCCAAGUAAAGCAAAAUGUGUGAUUGUUACAGAACAUGGAUAUAUUUUCGGUUAUCCUUCUUGUAUUUAUGUUGUGUUGUCGCAAUGGUGUCAAUGACAAACUGUAAACGUGUCACAGUUUUUUUCUUAUUUGUGUUUGUAUGUUUGUGCGUGUGUGUGUGGAUAAGCGGAAUGUGAUCAUAAAUUUAAAAGUAGUUUUUCUUAUGAAAAUAUAUUCUAACUUAGGCUUAUGUGUAUGUGUGUGCAUGUAAUGAAAUCUAUGUGUGUUAGGUAUGUAAUUGAAAAAAAAAAAAGGAAAAAUGGAAAAACGAAUUUAAUUCUCAGAAAGUAGCCUCUUUAUCUCAAUUAUUUUUGGGUCUCAACUUGAACCAUGUUAAGAGACACAUUGCCCGUUAUCCGUCAUGUAUCUCUAAUACGUAAGUGUAUGCAUCGUUUGAUUUGGUGAACAUAAUAAAUAAAUAGAUUAAAUGUCAAUUUAAUAUAUCAUGUCGGUAGCAACGUCAGAAUUGUAAAUAUACAAAUAUAACAAUAUUCUAAAUCUUAUUUAUUCAAUUAGUGUAUAUCUAUUUCCAUAAGCGUAUUUUAGAAAGAUAUAAAAGAAAUAAUAAGAGAAAAUAAAUCAUUAGGAUUUGAAAAUGCAAAUGUAAUUCGAUUUAUAAAUCUGAAAAGGACUUUUUAGAUUUAAAAAUUAAAUAGACGGAAUUGUAUUUGCCUUUAACACUUGGUAGAUUGAAUUUUCCUAUGGAAAAAUAUCACAAGACUGAGCUCAGCAAUAUCGAAAAUAUCGAAGAAGAAAAAUAUCAAUCGAAAAAAAGAAAAUAAUCUGUCAAUCAUUCAGGAAGCAAUUCAAAAUAAUAUGGGUUAAAAACUCUGCAUGCAACUAAUAAAAUGGGUAUAUCACAUAGAACGAAUUAUUCGAAUCUAUAAAACAGUUAUUAAUCCUAUUUAUUGAUGGACAUGUUAAAAUAGAUUACAAAACCAACACCGGCGGAAGAAGAAAUGCAGCCAACGGCCGAGAUCGUUUAAGAACACUGAAUUACUUCGCUCGGAGCAAAGCCGAGGAACGCCACCAAAACAUGGAUUAGAUUGACAAAAUACAAAUUAAGAAAUACUUUUAAUUAUAGCUGUAAGACGUUAUAUUUUUACAUACAUAAGUGUAUACAUUUGACACAUAUUUAUAUACAUAAUAAAAUUGUAAUGACAAUCUGUUAA